AUGUUGGAUCGGACCACAAACGCUCCAGACAGAACCGGUAAACAAGCUACCGCAGAUCAUCGAAACCUUAUUGGCUCAACCCCGGAAGUUUCAAGUCUCCAUAACAUGGUAGAUCCGCCCGCGGGUACAUCUAAAUCUACCGUUGUACAACAAAGUACGUCGAAGGUGCCAUGUUCAUGUUUGGAAUGUGAGAAACCGGACACUAGUAGCAUGGUCCAAUGCGACAAGUGUGAUGGAUGGGCUCAUUAUUCAUGUGUAGGUGUGGAUGAAGACAUUGCGGACCGAAGUUGGAACUGCUCGAAAUGUGAAAUCGCGGGAGCAUACCGGAAAGGUAAACUGAAGUCCAAGAAGAUCUCAUCAUCGCUGAAGACAUCGAACGCCAAGGACCGGAAGAAGACGUUACUUGUUGCGAUAGUGAAAGGUGGCGGAAAGAAGACGACAUCGAAGGUUGUUAAAAAGUCAACCGAUAAUGGUCAUGCUAAGGAAUCUGCUGAUACAGAAGCAUGCGGAAGAGGUGGAAUGUCUGUGGAUAAAACUAAUGACACGGCGCAGAAGGCUAAAUCGAUUGUUUCUGCGUCUUCCUUUAAAUCUGCCAAAGCACGUUUGGAGGUUCGCUUGAAGCAGAUUGAAGCAGAAGAAACGCUGAUGGCAGAAGAAAUGAAACGUAAGCGCGAGCUAGUAAAUAAGAAGUUCGAAGUCCUCAAGGAGUUGGCUGACCUGGAAGAUGAUGGUGAAUCUGUGGACGAUACACCAAACUCUCACGGUAAAGUGGAAGGUUGGCUGAAGGACAACGACAGAAAAUUCGUAAAAGAAAAACACGAUUCAGAGCACGAUGGAGAGGAUAAGUUUGAGGAUGACGCCAGCAACAGUGAAGAGGACGUUUCUGUCGACAACGAGAGCAACGAAGUAUCUGGAGAUGAGUCAGAAAUGGGAGAUGAAGAAGUGUUGGAAGAGAACCAUGGCAUAGAAUCAUUCAAACCCGGAAGGCAAUCGACGAUGAAGGAUGCAGCUAGUAGAACGUCAGGAGCGGGAUCUAAGAGUCAUUUACAAAGAUACAAACGACUCACUAAAGAUGAGUUAGCAGCGCGUCAGGUCGUUCCACGUGAAUUGCCCAAGUUUAGCGGCAAUCCCGAAGAAUGGCCAAUGUUCGUCUCAACCUACGAAGAUACCACAGAAAUGUGUGGGUACACCGAAGCCGAGAAUAUGAUCCGCUUAAGAAAUUGCUUGAAGGGGGAAGCGUUUUAUGCAGUUCGCAGUUUUCUCAUGCGCCCGGCAACGGUGGGAAAAGCAAUGAAUGCCUUAAAGUUGCGGUUUGGAAGACCGGAGACAAUCAUCGAGUACCUUAAGGACAAGAUCCUGUCGUUGCCGGCUAUCAAAGGAGAAGCAAUAAAUAAGAUCGUUGAUUUUGCUCUUGAGGUGCAGAACUUGAGUGCCACCAUAGAAGCUUGCGGAAAAAUGGAGUAUAGCUCUGACGUAACUCUACUGAAGGAAUUAGUGAACAAAUUACCACCUCACAUCAGGCUUGAUUGGGCGAAGUACCGGAAGAACAAAUCAAAGGUGAAGCUUUCUACAUUCAGCCGUUGGAUAUAUGGUCUGGCAGAGGACGUAAACGUUGUUUUCGAACCACAGUUUCGAGUAGGAAAACAGAAGUACGUGAAUACCCAUUCAGAAGAGGUUGGUAAAGAGGAGUCACAGAAAAUCCCUCAGAAACCUGUAGCGAAGGCUGAUUCCUCAACGAGCGCAGCAGCAGAUAAAAACAAAAGUUGUUUGGUGUGCAAAGGUGGUUGUACGAACGUCGGGAAAUGUAAACGAAUCCAUGAGUUAUCGUAUGAGGCAAAAUGGGCGACCAUCCGGGAAUUCCAUCUAUGUCGUAGGUGCUUACGACGCCAAAAAGGAGGCUGUGAUGGUGCGUGUGGAAAAAAUGGAUGUACCUUUAGACACCAUGCGUUGUUACACAAGGAUCUCAACGAUACGGUUACUGUUGGGGAAUCCGGAAAUGACACUUCACGUCGAAUGCAAAACGAGGAGCGCAACAUUAAUACUCAUCUAUCCGGCAGUGGUCCAGGUACUUUCCGCUAUGUGCCCGUUACGCUCUAUGGAAAUAACAAGCAGGUGAAAUGCUUCGCCUUCCUUGAUGAUGGAUCGGAGCUGACUCUCGUUGACGAGGAAUUAGUUAAAGAGUUGCAGCUUUCUGGAGUACUGCACCCACUUUGUCUCAAAUGGACCGGAGGUACACAUCGUUUCGAGUCGAACUCGCACAGCGUAAAUAUUGAGAUCUCCGGUCACGAAGGCAAACGAUAUCGGCUUCAAGACGUCAGAACGGUUAAAGAGCUUCAGUUACCUUGUCAGUCGCUGGACAUGAACUAUCUCGAACGCGAGUUUAGCUAUUUACGAAAUCUUCCUAUCGAUUCUUACUCAGAAGUCCGUCCCCGAAUCUUGAUCGGCCUCAAGCACGCCAACAUAAUGCUGGUACGCAAAAGCCGUGAAGGUAAAAUGAGUGAACCUAUCGCGGUGAAGACUAACCUUGGCUGGGUCGUUUAUGGUGUUCAAUCAACGGUGGAUUCCAUGAAUACUAGUCACACCUACCAUAUCUGCACUUGCAGUGAGACGGAUGAUACGAAACUCCAUCAAAUAGUGAAAAAUUAUUUCUCACUGGACAGUGCAGGAAUCAUCAAGCAAGAACGCACAUUGUUAUCCAGAGAAGAUGAGCAAGCUGUGGCGCUUCUGGAAUCCCGUACUCGCUACAACGGUGAACGGUUCGAAACCGGAUUACUGUGGCGAUCAGAUGGUAUCCGUCUACCGAAUAACAGAUCAAUAGCAGAUCGGCGUUUUAAAUGCUUGGAAAAUCGCAUGGAUAGAGAUAAGGAACUGGCGAAGGUCCUACACGAAAAAAUGGCAGACUACCGAACGAAGGAUUACAUUCGGAAGUUAUCACCGGAAGAGCUCGCCGAAAAUCACGAGCGUGUGUGGUAUCUUCCUAUCUUUCCUGUCAGCAAUCCCAACAAACCAGGAAAGAUAAGGAUUGUAUGGGACGCUGCAGCCGCAGUUCACGGAGUUUCCUUGAAUUCAGCGUUGCUCACCGGCCCGGACCAGUUGUCGUCAUUGGUUGGAAUUCUGUACCAGUUUCGAGAACAUAGAAUCGGUAUUUGCGCAGAUAUCCGGGAAAUGUUCCACCAGGUGAGGAUUCUUCCUGAAGACCAACACUGUCAACGGUUUCUCUGGCGUGAUGAUCCCGAGCAAUGUGAGCCGAGCAUCUACGUAAUGCAAGUAAUGACAUUUGGUGCCUGCUGUUCGCCAAGCGCUGCCCAGUUCGUGAAGAAUCGGAAUGCGGAGCGGUUUCAAAAUGUGCACCCAGAGGCGGUGGCGAUUAUCAAGUACAAACAUUAUGUGGAUGAUAUGGUGCUGAGUACGCAGACGGUGGAAAAAGCUAUCGAGUUGGCUACAACAGUGCGAUUCAUUCACGAGCAGGGUGGAUUUGAAAUCCGCAACUGGGUGUCUAACUCACCGGAAGUGUUGGCCAAAAUCAACGGCAUAACGGUAACUGAGAAAAAUUUGGAUUUAACUUCGGAGCUGGCGAGUCAAAAGAUUCUCGGUAUGUGGUGGGAUACCCAAGCCGACACCUUCAAGUAUAAGAUCUGUUGGUCCCGAUUUGAUAGUGAUCUUUUAGAAGGAACCCGGCGUUCGACGAAACGUGAGAUACUGAGGACGUUGAUGACCAUUUACGAUCCUCUAGGGCUUAUCGAACAUUUUAUGGUUUUGUUGAAGAUUCUUCUACAAGAAGUGUGGAGGGCUGAUGUAGGAUGGGACGAAUCAAUUCCCCAGGCACAGUUCGAGAAUUGGCAAGUUUGGCUGAAGUUGCUUCCGGAAUUAGAGAAACUGCAAAUCUCACGAUGUUACCAGCGGAAUACAACUGUGGACGAAGAAACCAUCGUAGAAAUGCACACGUUUGUUGACUCCAGUGAAACAGCAAUGGCAGCUACGGUAUAUCUACGCUUUGUCAGGAACGGUGAUGUGGAUUUCACGCUUGUGGGAGCUAAAACCCGUGUGGCACCAAUCAAGUAUACGUCCAUCCCAAGAUUGGAGCUCCAGGCUGCAGUAAUAGGGUGCAGGCUAGCUUCCAGUAUAAAAAAGAACCUGAACUUCAAAAUCUCGAAGCACGUUUUCUGGACGAACUCGCGGAAUGUCCUCUGCUGGUUGCGCUCCGACCACAGACGAUACAGUGUGUUUGUCGCGUCGAGAGUUGGCGAAAUCCUGGAAUCAACAGAUCUGCAAGACUGGAGAUGGGUGCCUACUGGUUCCAAUGUGGCUGACGAUGGAACUAGAUGGAAAACCCGACCGGAUUUGACAUCAGAAAGUAGGUGGUAUAUGGGCCCCGCGUUCCUGAAAAAGUGUGAAGCAGAAUGGCCGGUCCUUCCCAUCAAAACUGUCUCUACCGAGGAGGAGCUACGACCGAGACUAUUAGUUCACUGUCUAGCACCGGCAUCAGUGAUCGACGUUGGGAGGUUUUCGAGUUGGCGUACAAUGAUAGCGGUGACAGCCUGGGUAUUCCGGUUCUUUUCAAACCUCCGCCAUCGAAUCAGCGGAGAAUCAACAACGUCAGGGCCAAUUGCAAGCGAAGAGCUGCGUCGAGCCGAACAGUAUCACUUCAAGCAAGCUCAACGGGAGGUCUACCAAAACGAAAUCACUGUUUUAAAAACAUGUGAUAGUAACGGAACGUACAAACACCUUCAAAAAAGCAGUCCUUUAUACAAGCUGAGCCCGUUUGUAGAUGAAUUCGGUGUCCUGAAAAUGAGAGGGAGAACGGGAACUUGCACAUACUUACACGCCGAUGCAAGAAAUCCAACAAUUCUACCACCAAACCAUCCGAUAACGUCGCUGCUUCUCCGCUAUUAUCAUGAAAGGUACCUGCACCGCAAUCACGAGAUUGUUGUGAAUGAAGUCCGUCAAAAAUACCGCAUCUUCCGUCUUAGACCGGCCCUUGCAAAAAUCCGAAAAAAUUGCCAAUGGUGCAAGAACCGCGAUGUACUUCCUCAGCCUCCGGAAAUGGCAGAUCUCCCAGAAGCUAGGUUGGCAGCGUACACUAGACCUUUUGCUCACGUGGGGAUUGAUUAUUUUGGACCAAUUGAAGUAUCUGUGGGUCGGAGGAUCGAGAAGCGAUGGGGAGUUUUACUGACCUGUCUGACAACCAGAGGGGUCUAUAUUGAAGUAGCUAGCACUCUAACGACUAACUCUUGUAUAAUGGCCAUUAAAAACUUCAUUGUACGGAGGGGAACGCCAGUCAGUUUCUACAGCGACUGUGGCACUAACUUUGUAGGCGCUAGCAAGGUGCUUCGAGAAGCCUUGCGCGAAGUUGACCGACACCAGUUGAUGCGAGAGUUCGUGACACCAACUACGUCCUGGCACUUCAACCCACCUGCUUCGCCCCACAUGGGUGGAAUCUGGGAGCGCCUAAUACGGUCGGUAAAGCGCAAUCUGAUGGAAGUCCUUGCAGUGAAGCACACUACUGACGAGGAGUUGCGGAAUGCGUUGACGGAGAUAGAGGGUAUACUCAAUUCGAGGCCACUAACGCAUGUUCCCAUCGAAGACGAAGCAGCUGCAGCAUUGACACCAAACCAUUUUAUUUUGGGGUCAUCGGAUGGAUCUAAACCGCUAACCCUGAUUGAUGACGACAAAGCGAAUCUACGGUGGGGAUGGCCAACAUCUCAGUGGUUGGCCAAUCUUUUCUGGAAGCGCUGGAUCAGAGACUACCUCCCUGAAAUAUCCCGGCGCACGAAGUGGUACGAAAAGGUAAAGCCAUUAGAAGUUGGAGAUAUCGUGCUCAUCGUCGACGUCGACAACCCGAGGAACUGUUGGCCAAAAGGAAAAGUUAUCGGUGUGGUGUCCAGUGGUGGCCAAACGCGUAAAGCGACGGUACAGACUAGCAGCGGUGUUUAUGAAAGACCGGUGGUGAAGCUGGCGGUAUUGGAUGUCCGUCGCGGAGUCGAGUAA